AUGUUUGAGGAAGCUAUACAUGAGGUAUGUCAGGAAAAUGAUUCUAUUUGUUAUAUAUCUUUUACAUCUAAUGAUGUAUCAUAUAAUAAACAUGUGUUAUCUUUAGAUAGAAAUGACUUAGCUCAAUCAGCAACUAACAGAAAUCCAGUGGUCUGUAUGGAAGUUAUCGAUGAAGAAGAAGAAAUAGAUAUUGAAAGUAUUGAUUUAAUAGACGAUGAAAAAAGCGAUGAAUUAAUCUUGGAAGAUGAGCCAAAAUUAGCUCAUUUAGCUGUUGUAGGAGAGGUGUAA